UCGCCUCUCCCUAGAGACGGAGAAAUUCAACUAUCUUAUUUCGUCUUCUCCGACGAUUGUCUCAGCUGCGAUUGCGAAUCGGAGCCGUAGAGUAGUCAUAGGGUUCCACGAGCACUCGCCUUUGAAGCUCCAAAGACUGCUACUACCAUACACAAGAACAAGAGCCUGUCGUGAAAAAUGGAACAAGUCGAUGCAGGAGGAAGCACGACCACCGUCGCUGCGUCGACCUCUGGAGAGUCGGGUUUAGAUCCGAUAGCACGAGUGAGGAAGCUUUUGUUCCGCCAGAUGCUCGUUGGAAUCAAAGACGGGAGAUUCUUCCUUGGCAGUUUCCACUGCAUUGACAAACAAGGAAACAUCAUCCUCCAAGACACCGUUGAGUAUCGCAGCAUUAGAAGAUCCUCUCCUUCCCCUACUGAACAGCGUUGUCUUGGUAUGAUCCUCAUCCCUGCCUCUUGCAGGACCUCUUGCCAUGUUGAUUGCUCUAUCGAGGAACAACUUUCAUUGAUUCAGCUCAAAGAGUAGAGCCUCUUUUAUAGACUUGAUGAGUUGGUCUCUUCGUUAUGCCCCGAAAUCAAAAUUUGAUUCCAUGUUCUUGUAUUGUAUGAUGAAUGAUUCACAUAACUUUGUGAAGAUAAAUGUAUACAUGCAUUGGAAGCCUUGUGGAGUUUUAUAUUUACAUUUAAUAGAGAAGA